GCGGUAGAUAAACGUCUCGUCCAAAGAUGGGCGCGGCGGCAAGUGCCAUGCCCAAGUAUCGGCAGGAAAUGUCAUCCCGCGACUUGUCCCGGAGAGCGUCCAAACUCAACUUGCAGACCGGGACGAUCCAGCAGCAAACGCAGGAAGCUGCGCAGCGUCGUCGGUCGGUCGACAUGAUUUUGCAGAAAGCGCGGCAAGCCGACGACAUCCACGCGAUGCCGACCGAAUAUCACGUGUAUUUCGCGUACGCGGCGGGGAAGGACAGCUUGGGCCGGUCAAUGAAAGAUCGUGUGUCGGCCAUCCACAAGUCCCUCGUGGCCAAGGGCCUCCUCGUCUGGUUUGACGCGGAAAAGAACGUGGCGUCAAGUAAGAUGAUCGACCAUGGCGUGCUCAGCUCAAGCGUUGUGGUGGUGUUCCUCACGCGGGCGUACAUGAAUCAAGUCAACAGCGAUGGUCUUUUGGACAGCAACCAGUACGAGUUUUGCCAAGCGUUGGCGACCCAAACCAUGACCCAUAUCGUCCUGUGUGUCAUGGAGGAAGACAUGAAGCGCUACGACAACCUGACGGGGGAGUGGCGGGAGAUUGUCGGCGACUGCGAGUGCUUGGACUUCACGGACGAGACGCUUCUUGACGUUGGAUGCGACGAACUGGCCGAGAAGAUUCGCGCGUUGAACGCCAUGCCCCGCACGCCCGUUGACAUGGACCUUGCUGGCGUGAAAGAUUUAAUUCGCAUCCUCAAGAAUUCGCUUACCCCGCGACCAACGUGCACGAAAGUGAUGAGGCGCCUCGUCGGGCUGGCCAUGCUCGCUCCGUUCGCUGACAAGAUGGUGGUCAAAGGCUUGUUGCCUGCGCUAACGCGGCUCAUCGGGACGAGUAAACUCUCAGUGACCAACACGGAGCUCGCCCUCUUGCUGCUCAAAAUCAUUGCCCGCACGAGCUGUAUCUACCGGCGAAAGAUCGUCACGUUGAUCGAAUCGAGGCACAUGAUGCCGCUGCUAACGAUGCUACUCAAGGAAGGAGAAGGACUGACGAAGGAACACGCGGCAGGACUUGUGCGCAACCUGUUUUCAGGCGGCGGAAUCAAAGUGUUUGAGAAGAACGAGUGGUUCCAAGAGCUUGUCACAAUGCUGGUGCAGCUUCUUGAGCGCGGCACAUCGUCCCAACAGUACGAAGCGGGGGGAGCUCUCGGAGCGAUUGCUCUAAACAAAGAAUACCAGCCAUCCAUUGUCAAGGAAAACGGCAUCCGCGUCUGUAUGGCUCAAAUGACAUGUCCGUCGACUGUGGAAGGCGUCCGUGAAAAGGCGGCGGUCGUGUUGCGGUGCCUCAGCGCGACCGAAGAAAACCAGCGAGAAAUCGGCAUCGAAGGCGGCGUGGUGGCAUUCUUGACCUUGCUUCAAAAUGGCACGCCGGCGCAACGAGAAACGAGCUCCGCUGCGUUAAAUUGGCUCAUGGAAGUGCCCGAGAACCGAACGAUCCUGGUGAAAGAACGAGGCAUUCGCACCUUGCUCAAUUUCGUAGUUCGUGGCCAAAAGUUUGUCCGGCAGCAAUCCAUCAGCGCCCUCAGCAAACUCGCUCCCCAUUCCGAGUUCCAAGUGCCGUUGGCCCAGGCGGGAGUGCUCGGGCCGUGUGUCGCCAUCAUGGAGACUGGCAACGACAGCCAAAAGACUGCAGCGUGCAGCAUUCUCCUCGCCGUCGCAUCCACAGAAGCCAUGGCAGGCAUGACCGACACGAUUCCGUCGGUCGUGAAGUUAUACAAUUCUGGCACACUCUCGCAGAAGCAAGCAGCAAAACAAGUCCUCGAGCGGCUGUGUCGACACAAAGCCCUGCGGGGGACCAUCGUUAGCAUGGUUGGAGAAGACCAUCUCAUGUUGCGGUGACCCCCGUCCGCCCCUCCCAUCCACUGCCCCCGCGACGCCCCAACUUAUUGGGUAACGUUAC